UUGCCUCAGCUUCAGUUAUAAAGACAUUGGUGGUUACGCCAGAAAAAGUGGACACAGCACCUGAGCAAACCAGGGUCUGUAUCCUCAGGAAGCUAUUUCCAUGCAAAUUGUCUUUUGAGGGACCAUACCUUGCCAGAGUCUGCCAAUCCAGCUACAGUGAUGGAAGAACAAACAAGCUCCAGUUUGGAAGAUGAUUUUGAAGUACAUGAGGCUUCACAUACAGGACCUAAAGGAGUGAUCCAUGACUGGAGAAAGUUUAAAUUAGAAAGUGAAGACAAGAACACCUUGUCUUUGAGCAAGAAAGAGAUCCUUAUCAGGCAAAUGUCUUCACCCCAUCGCUCAAACAACCAAAGUGAAGCCAGAGACAGACUGAUUCGGAAGAUGAGCAUGCAGGAGUAUGAGCUAAUUAACUGUGAAAAGGAAGAUGAAACUUGCCUACGAAAAUACCGGAAGCGCUGUAUGCAGGAUAUGCACCAGAGACUGAGUUUUGGGCCUAAGUAUGGCUACCUUUUCGAGCUCCGGAGUGGGGAGCAGUUUUUGGAGACCAUUGAGAAGGAGAGGAAAACCACUACCAUUAUUGUCCACAUUUACGAGGAUGGCGUCAAGGGCUGUGAUUCGCUCAACAACAGUUUGACCUGUCUUGCUGCGGAAUAUUGCAUGGUAAGAUUCUGCAAGAUCAAGGCCUCUGACACCGGGGCUGGAGACCGUUUCUCUUCCGAUGUUCUCCCGACGCUUCUUGUCUACAGAGGUGGAGAGCUCGUAAGCAAUUUCUUAAGUGUAACUGAACAGUUCAGUGAGGAGUUUUUUGCUGUGGAUGUGGAGACGUUCUUGAAGGAGUAUGGGUUGCUACCUCAGAAGGAAAUUCCAGCGCUUGGGAAUGGCAACAUUGAGGAGAAAGAGCUCGAAUAGUUGAUGAGAUAUCUAAUGCUCUGAUAUUUCUCGCCCCUCCCCAGUAUAUGUUGCAAUUGGAUCUCAGCAGGGCCCAUGUUUGUUUAGCAAAUGCUGCCUGUACCUUAUGCACUUUACACAAACAGUACAUCUAUAAAAGCAACAGUAUGUGAAGCAGAGCACUUCAGCUGCUACUAUAUAUACUGUUUUUUUCCCAUUACACCUACACCAUAAUACCAAAAGCUUCAUAGGAAAAGUACAAAUAAUUAUAAAAAUAGUCAAGAGACAAAAUUACUGACUCACUUGCUCAUACAGACACCCUGUCUGAUUAUUUUUUUUUUUUUAGCUUCAGUUGUAACCUUCAAACCUUUCAGGCCCAGAUCCCUUGUGAUUUAAUCUCUAUAAAAUGCUGAGAAACAAGCACAAAAUGAUAGGAAGAGCUCCAGAACAAGUAGGUGCAAAGCUAGCAGAUGCAGAAUUCCCCAGGGUAGCCUUAGGAUUUGCAAGGUGGAGAGGUUUUUCAGAAAUUAACCUGGACUGACAAGGGCAUAGGUGGUUAUCGCACAUCUGCAGGGGUGGGUGGGG